AUGACGAACACCCGCUCGACGUCUAGCACUGUCCAAAUGCCUCCACACCAACCUGCAUUGGAACAGCUCCAAUCAGCCGCGACCCCUGUGCUAGUAGAGGUCCAGGUCGGCGAGGUCGGCACUCAAGGACUGCCCUCCAGAACCCAGCCCAACACGAUAGCGGACCUAGUGCGCCCACCUCCACAUAAUGAACAAUUCAGGGACAUAACCACUGUGGCCAUGAAUGCAAUCCUCCAAAGGAUGCAGGAGAUGGAGAACAGAUUCCUGGCUCAACAAGGGCUGAAUGCCCAGAGGAUGGAGGCGCUGAAGGCUGAGAUGCGAAAUCAAAACCUUGUGGGGCGAGCUGGAGGAGCAGGCCGAGGUAGAAGAGCAGGCCAAGCUAGAGGAGCAGGACGAGGUGGAAGCGCAGGCCAGGCUAAUGAGCCACAACAUCAAAACGCGGCCACGACAGAAGGAAAUAUGCAGAAUUCCCGCCAUGACAACCACCAGGAGGGCGGAGGACCAGUCAACAACCAAGGAGAUAAUUAUCUCCUUGAUGAGGAGGCUAACGAUAGCCCAUUCACUGAAAGGCUCAUGAACUUGGCAAUACCGUCGAGAUUCAAGAGUGCCAAGAUACCACCGUACGCCGGAAGUCAAGACCCGGAGGCCCAUUUAGAGGCUUUCAAGACCGAAAUGUUGUUCAAUGGGAUAACUGAACCUAUCAAGGCCAGAAUCUUCGCGACGACGUUAACAGGCCAGGCAAUGGCCUGGAUAACCAGGCUUCCCAGGAACUCGAUUGACUCGUUCGAGGACCUAGACCGAACUUUCCGGUUGAAUUUCGCAACAAGCAAGGCGCAUCCAAUGCCGGCCUACGCGUUGGGAAGAAUCCGAAAAAAGGAGAAUGAAUCAUUGAGGAAAUACCUCAAUAGGUUCAAAGAUGCCACCCUAAAGGUUCGGAAUUUAACUGAGCCAGUACACUUGCAUCUGAUCAUCUCGGGAUUAGAUGGCGAUUCUCCACUGACGAAGUCAAUUUACAAGAACCCGGUCAAUGACCUGGAGGAGUUCCGACGAAGGUCGGACAAAUACAUUGAUGUGGAGGACAUGCAGAAGGGCUUAUGGGGAAUCCAGAGGUUGAAGCCCGAAUAA